UCACACAACAGAGAACGCGACGGAUUGCUAGUAUUAUUUCAGCGAACGCAACAGAAGGAAGAGAGUUCGUUUUGGGAUUUGCAAGGAAAAGUGCAAAUUUUAUCAAAUUUCGCAAGCCUUUUCACGUCCCAUCUAGCAAUGGAAGUGGAAAGCAACGUCAUCAAGGACGCUUCAACCCGAGGCAGGAGUGCUGCUGGUCAGCACCACAACCGUAGGACUAGUGUUAGUAAUAAAAGUGGAGCUACCUCCAUCAGCAAUGCUAGCGGAGUUGCGAUCAAAGUAGGCCUCAAUAUGAAUAUGUGUAGACUCUGCCUGGUUGAAGGUAAUAGCAGCUCCCGUCUCCAGCCGGUGUUCUACUCUAAGGAUGUUCCCGAUGAAUCGCUGCUACAACAAAUUCUGGAGCUUACAACCAUACAGGUAUCAUAUGCAACGGAUUUUCCUUCAUCGAUAUGCACGAAUUGCAAGACCAAACUGGAAGAAUAUCAUAUGUUUCGACGGCGAUGCAUCGAAAAUGAUGAGUUACUCAAAUUGAAGUACUACGAAAUCAAAGCGGCAGAAAACUAUCGUCAUGCUCAGCAAACUCAGCCAGCAGAGGAAAUCAAGGGGGAAGAUUUUGUCGAUGAUACAGAUGAUAUCACGUUGGCAAUUGACGAAUCUGCUGAUGUGGAUGAGUAUCAAGAUGACACGGAGGAAGAGCAGCAGCCUGUAAUGCACCAGGAACAAGUUCCGGAACAGCAAACCAUUCAGUAUGUUGCUGCAGAUGGAACUAUGACAGAGUACAUCGAAUCAGGAGACGUCAGAGUUGUGUCAAACGCGUCGCAACAGCAGCAAAUUCAUAUUAGCGGAUAUAGUGAAGGGGAAGGAAUUCAAAAUGCAGAAGGGCAUGAGAUUUAUUACACGGAUGGGACUGAUACCUAUGCAAUACGCACUACUGCUGAGGGAUACGUGAACGCUGCGAAUUAUGUGCCACAAGGAUACGAUAAUCAAACGGAAAUCGAAUGCACCACUAUUGAACAUUUACCCGAAGAAGAGGUAUAUAUGGACGAAGGCGGAUCAGGAGUGGGUAGUGUUAUUACACCACGGGGGGUGCAUGAUCGACCAUUCGUGUGCAAACAUUGUAAAACCAGUUUUAAAUAUGAGUACAAUUACGAAAGGCACAUGAAGAAUCACGCAAAAGUGUUAUAUAGAUGUGGCAAAUGCUCUAAAACCUUCACUAAGCAACGAAAAUGUCAGCAGCAUUUUUUGAAGGCUCAUUCAUCCCAGAGGUACGAAUGCGACAUUUGUUUUAGAACGUAUAGCUUACCUACACGGUUGGAGAAUCAUGUAAUUGAAAUGCAUUCGGAAAACGGAGUAUACAAAUGUGACCGGUGCAGUGAAACGUACACCUCAUACCUAGAUUUCAAGUCCCACCGCAACAGUCAUCACAGCACUAACGGAUCCAAUUCAACUGUUAUCACUCAGAUGGAGCCACGGUCACAACCCGCGCAGCAUGAUCAAUCUCCUCAGCCACAACCAUUAUCUCAUACGGCCACCUCCAUUAGCACUCGCUCGUCCAUUUCUGAUAGCUGCGACUUCGAAGUAAUGAUUGAUGAAACUAAAAUUCAAAAACCGGCGGGUCCACAGGAAAGCACACCGGAGAAGCGAACUGUUGUAGUCGCUGGAACGAUAGCCGCACCCGAACAGGAGGUAAUUCUAAUAGAUGACGAUACGUCCCAUAGUGCCGCAACCACUGCCUUAGUAAAUCACACAAAACCGACCGGCAGUUCGAUUAUUCCAACAACUCAUAACAGCAGUAUCAUCAACAGUGACUCAACGAUAGUAUCGACGAGUCCGAGUGUGGUGCCAACAAGCACCAACUACACGGCAACGGUCAUCACCAAUGGCAUAGACAAAAAUUCGCUACACAGGCAGUUGUUGCAGCAGAUCGAAGAGAGUGAGGCUAACUCGCUCGGGCCGAAGAUAUACAAAUGUGACAGUUGUACAAAAACGUUUGUCCAUUUGAACAAUCUGAAAGCACAUAUCUACGCGGAACAUGACAACGAUAAACCAUUCAAGUGUAAACUAUGCCCGAUCUCGUUCAAGACGAAGGAGAUUUUGGUGAUGCAUAUGGUAUUACAUUCUCAACAUAAUACAGCGACUUAGACGUGCGUUUAGAGCUUGUGCAGUGCUGCGUUGAGAGCUCCGAGGGAUAUAGCUUGAUGAGAAAAGGUCACAACAAACUGGGAACUAGCGUAAUGAGAGGGAUAAGUCCUAGAUUAAUGUGCAAAAACCGGACAAAACAACCAUCUUAUUCUAAUUGAACUGUUUUCUAUGCACUUUCAAACGCUAAAACACACAAAAUCAAAACGGAAAGCAAAUCUGUUAUUGCAAACGAGCAGGCAGUAUCCAUAGACCAAUGGAACGAAAGCAUUCAACAACAAACAAGGAUAGCAAAACGUAAAUUUAAGAGAUACCACGUAGCUAAUAUAUAAAGACUAGAGACAUGACGAUUUCCUUAUAAAUAUUUUUUUUUGUUUUUUUCACGAUAUAUUUCUAUUAAAAUAUAGUUUUCGUGCGACAGCCGCAAAUGGUUCGCUUGCAAUAAAAUGCUUUCAGCAGUACUAUUAGACAUUAUCCGUAUAGAGUAAGUUCAAAACUUGCUUCAAAUGGUGCUUUCCAACAUGAAUAAAUCUCAAUAUUAUAUUUUACAUCUGGAAUUGCAUGACGUAUACCUGUUUUGUAUUUAUAUAACAUUUCGAGUAGUAACUAGUUUAUGUCCAAGGGCUAAACUCGAAUUAUUUUGUUAGCCGGAUUGUUUUGAUUUGUUGUAGCUAUAGGUAUAAGUUAUAACUCAUCUCGUUUUUUUCGAAGCAGGAUUAUAAGCAAGCUGAUUCCCUGAAAAUUGAGCUAGUAUAUUCGUACUGUUUAGAAUUAAGUUCGGAAUCGGUUCUUCCAGAGAUACUAGAAAAAAAGAAAUGUAAAUCGUUUCGUUUGUUACUAAACUAGCUGCAAUAAAAUAUAUAUGCGGUUCUCAUUAAAACAAAAUCUUCGUUGUAAACAAUGUGAUCUGGUUAGUUUAAAUUAUUGAUGUUGAAAUUGUUUUAUUAUUUUAAAAUUGGUUACGAUUCCUUGUAGUGCUGUAAGCGAAUAAAUUACGAUUAACCUAAAUUUAACGGUAUAGAUAGCAACGCAUCGUGUGCGUGUGAAUUCAAGUGUAAUGAGGAGACAUCGCAAAUGUCGCGAUUUAUCCAAGAAAGUUGAUCGUUUGAUAUAUUUUAUUAUCGCUGUUAGGAGAAGAGCUAGAGUUUUUCGGACUAAUUAGACAAUGGAAGCUUUGCUACACCAGUCGGCACCAUCGUGCUGAAAACUUCCUACGCAGUAGAACGAUGUUGUGCGUUUCGUCAUUAUCGAGCAUCAUCGAACAUUUUUAGGUAGAUUCCCAUUUUAUUGGUGACAUACUGUAUCGGACUAAAAAAAUCGCAGUGUUCGAUGGUUUCAGUUUCAUGAAAUUCUAGUUUUUUCGUGAAUCUGUCACUGCUUGAAUAGUCGGAGAUUUUGGUAUUGAUCAUCAGAGACAAAUUGAAAAUAUGACACAAGGAAAGUUGAUAUUGAUAUUAGGAUAAAUGAAAACAAAUACGAGAAUAACUGAAAUUCUUGCGUAUCGCCAUGAUCUAUACAGAAUAAAAUGUAACAGAAUUUUCUCUACUUUAAA